GCCCAGGCGUUGAAAAUCCAAUGCUUACGCUUCCUCCAUGGGAAAGUGUGUCUGUGAGCGAUUUGCGCGCGUUCUCCCAAUGUUUGUUGUCCCUGGCACAGAAAUACGGGCUGAGAGAGAGACAAUUUUGCACAUCAGUCUCGUACUUUCUGGCCAAGUUGUUGGGUGGAAAAUCUGUGGUGCUGCGCCCAAGAGCUUGGGCGUUUAGGGUUGUUCUGGUGGCGGGAAGGUCCCCUUGAGGAGUCACCUCAAAGUGCAGGAGCAAAUCACUCUGUGUGCGACUGCAAGACUUGAUUGAGUUGGGAGAAUUUGGGAAGGUGCUGCGGAUCCUCAAUGGAGCAAUUGCAAAAGUGAGUCUAGAGUCUCUGUAGUGAUACUCGUGUGAAGAUAAAGUGGUUGAAGUUGAGAGUAUGACGAAAGUGCGAAGUUGAAUAAGAUUUUGAGACGAACUCCCACCUAAAGGACGACAUGAGGACGUGGUGAUGAUGAGGAACCAGGGAUUGAUCCCUGUCAAAUGCGCCUCGGUAAUAGUUAAACAGGGCGAAAGCAUCAAACCAAAGAGGAGAGACAUACUCUGCAGAUUAUCCUGUGUGUAGAGGGUAAAAGAAGGAGAAGAAGAAAAAAGAGGCAACAAGAAAGUUUGCCAGGGACAUCUGGGACAAGAAUAUUCACUUCUCGUUCCAGGAGGAAUUGACGUUUGAGAAAAAAAAAAGAUUUCAUCUCUCUGUGGAUUUUUGCGAAAGCUGUGAAUAUUCUCAUAAUCAAAUAUGCUGAUUAAAGAAUACAGAAUUCCUCUGCCCCUCACGGUGGAGGAGUAUCGUAUUGCUCAACUCUAUAUGAUUGCUAAAAAGAGCCGCGAUGAGAGCAGUGGGGCCGGAAGUGGUGUGGAAAUAAUCGUGAAUGAGCCGUAUGUUGACGGUCCGGGCGGAAAUGGUCAGUACACGAGGAAGAUCUACCAUGUGGGGAGUCACUUGCCGGGUUGGAUAAAGGGUCUGUUGCCCAAGAAUGCUCUGAUAGUUGAGGAGGAGGCGUGGAAUGCCUAUCCAUACACCAAGACUCGCUACACUUGUCCCUUCAUGGAGAAACUCUCACUGGAGAUUGAGACUUACUACUUCCCGGACAAUGGUGACCAGGAGAAUGUGUUUAAGCUCACGGGUGGAGACCUGAGAAAUCGCCAAGUGGACGUGAUUGACAUCGUCAAGGACCAGCUGUACGGUGCGGAUUACGUCAGGGAGGAGGAUCCGAAGCUGUACAUCUCGCAGAAGACCUCCCGUGGCCCACUGCAGGAUGGGUGGAUCGAUGAGUACUGGAAUGAGGUGAAGAACAAACAGCAGCCGACUGCCAGAAAUAUGGCCAUCAUGUGCGCCUACAAGCUGUGUCGCGUGGAGUUCCGCUACUGGGGCAUGCAGACGAAGCUGGAGAAGUUCAUCCACGACACGGCGCUGAGGAAAACCAUGCUGCGGGCCCAUCGGCAGGCGUGGGCGUGGCAGGACGAGUGGCAUGGUCUGACCAUGGAUGACAUCCGUGAGAUUGAGCGACAGACGCAACUGGCGCUGCAGAAGAAGAUGGGCGUGGAGGGCGAGGCCGCGGAGGCGACAGAUGAGGUGGCCACAGUGGCCGAGGGUCAGCCGGCCGUGGGGGUGACGGAGGCGAGUGUGGAGGAGAGUUCAGAGGAUGAAAAUACCGAUGAGGUCACGGCAAAUUCCAACUCCAAGUACGCCAAUGCCAAGCUGUUCGUCUCGCCCAAGAAUGCCCUCCCAUCGCCUCUGGGAUCAACGAAUAGUUUUGAUCUGCAGCUGGCAUCUCAAGCCCCUUUGAAAAAUGUGGCCAAUUGGCGAAUGGAGAAACUGGAAGUGGACUCAAAGUCUGGAUCUGAGGAGGAGUUUUUUGAUUGCCUGGACACUGGCGAAUCUACAUCUCUGGCCAAGUGGAGUUCACUGGAAUUGCUGGCGGACGAGGAGGACAGUCCACCGGCGGCUAUGAGGAAUCAGGAGGACAGCAUUUUCAGUCAUUCCUUUCUGCAGCGCGUUGCCUCUGAGCGAGGCUCUCGUCGAUCAACAUUUGGCACUGCAUCCAGCAUUGAUCGAAGCAAUACGGACUCUCCGCCAAGUUCUCCUGGUCCUCCAGCUUGUCCUACGUCCGUUCUGAUUCUCGUGCUCCACGCUGGAAGUGUUCUGGAUGCCAAUGUUGAUCUGGCGGCCAAGAAGUCUGACAUCACAACCUUCCGAGGAGCUUUUGAGAGUGUCAUGAGACAACACUAUCCUUCCAUGGUGGGCCAUGUGGCCAUCAGACUAGUUCCCUGCCCUUCAGUGUGCACUGACGCCUUGGGAAUCCUAUCCAGUUUGAGUCCCUACUCUUUUGACUCAUCUCCGUCUACCACGGAUUCGCCGAAUAUGACUGAUGUGCCGAUCGGGGCGAUUCCUUUGCUCACAACCUGCACUCAGGAGUUCCAGGACGCCGUGAAUCAAGCUGUGACUGCCGCGAAUCUCGCAUAUUCUGACUUCCUUCGCUGCGAAGAGGGAUGUGGCUUCACCGGCCAGGUUGUUCUCAUUGGGGACUCAAUGGGGGGCAUUCUGGCCUACGACGCCCUCUGUCGCACUUCCGGACGCCUGGGCAGUGAUGCCAGUGCCCUGGAUCUCAUCGAUGACAAUCUGGUGAAUAAUGAAUUGGAUGCAGCCAGACUCCUGAUGGCGCCAUCGCCAAGGAGACGCUCAUCAUCCAUCAAUGAGGCUCGCCUUCCGAAGCUCCACUUUGAAGUGGGAGAUCUCUUCCUCUUUGGCAGUCCACUGGCCAUUGUCUUGGCUGCUAGGAAACUUAGUGAUGCCAGUUAUGGCUCUGAGAGACCUCAAUGCACUCAAGUCUACAAUCUCUUCCAUCCCACGGAUCCUGUCGCUUCCAGACUCGAGCCACUGAUCAGUGCGAGAUUCUCCAUGUUGGCGCCCAUCAAUGUGCCGAGAUAUGCCAAGUAUCCGCUUGGCAAUGGUCAACCUUAUCAUCUCUUGGAAUUGAUUCAAUCCAGUCCACAACUGUUCAGCGAUGGACUUCAUGCCAGAAGGCUGUCAGACUCUUCAUUGCAAAGCACCAUGUCUGGAAUGAUAGAUAAUGUUCCUCUCACCACUAUCAAUACGCUUCAACAUCGCUGGUGGGGCUCAAAACGCCUCGAUUAUGCUCUCUACUGCCCUGAAGGACUCGGUAAUUUCCCUGCUCAUGCUCUGCCUCAUCUCUUCCAUGCCAGCUACUGGGAGAGCAGCGACGUGAUUGCCUUCAUUCUCCGUCAGAUUGGGAGAUUUGACUCCACUACUAUGGCCAUGGGGGAGGAGAAGGAGGUGUCCUCCUUCCGGCCUGGACAGCCGCGCGAGAAGUGGAUCAAGAAGCGCACGUCGGUGAAGCUGAAGAACGUCACGGCCAAUCACAGGGCGAAUGAUGUGAUUGUGAAGGAGGGAGAACCUCAGAAGCUCUUGGCGAGGUUUAUGUAUGGCCCUCUGGAUAUGAUAACACUGGCCGGAGAGAAGGUGGAUGUGCACCUGAUGAAGGAUCCGCCGGGAGGCGAGUGGAUGCACGUGACGACAGAGGUGACGGACAAAACGGGGAGGAUCCAGUAUACGUUGCAGGGCGACAAGACCAUGGGAUACGGGAUUUUCCCGGUGAAGAUGGUUGUGAGAGGCGAUCACACGUCGGUGGACUUUUAUCUGGCCGUCAUUCCGCCGUGCACUGAGUGUGUAGUCUUCAGCAUUGAUGGGAGCUUCACGGCCAGCAUGUCGGUGACGGGAAGGGAUCCCAAGGUGAGAGCGGGAGCCGUGGAUGUGUGUCGGCACUGGCAGGAGUUGGGCUACCUUCUGAUCUUCAUCACGGGCCGCCCGGAUAUGCAACAGCAGCGCGUUCUGUCGUGGCUCAGUCAACACAAUUUCCCACAUGGUUUGGUGUCGUUUGCCGAUGGACUCAGCACUGAUCCGCUGGGCCACAAGACGGCCUACCUCAACAAUCUGAUGCAGAAUCAUGGCGUGGUGAUUCACACGGCGUACGGCAGCAGCAAGGACAUAAGUGUGUACACGAAUAUUGGACUGAAGCCCAAGCAGAUCUAUAUUGUGGGCAAGGUGAGCAAGAAGCUGCAAGGCAAUGCGACAUGUCUGUCCGAGGGAUAUGCGCAGCAUCUCAGCAGUCUGUUGGCUCAUGGUGGCUCCAGGCCGGCGCAGGGCAACGCCAGGAUGGUCAUUCCACGGGGCUGCUUCAAUCUUCCCGGGCAGGCGAGGCGCAGGAGCAAGGACACGGCAGGAGCUGGUCUGCCUCUCGCUUCGCCCAUUCGCAGUGGCUACCUAAAGAGGAAAUCCUAUCUCAGUCAUGUCUAAGAUGUUUCUAAGUGUCAUUAUCGAGUGAUUCCUUGAUUUAUUGUCACAUAGUACCUGGGCUCAGAAGACUGUAUCUUUCCUGUUCGAUGGCAGAAUUGACAAGUAUAAAACACAUAACAAAAAGAAAAAAAAAAUGCUGUAAACUAAGUCAAAAAGAUGCUUCCAUUUCUAUAAAAUGCGGGUGAUCCUCUUCGCCCAUAACGAGAUUGCAUCAAAAAAUGAGAAGAAAAAAUGUUGCGUGAAAGUAAAAAUGGGAAAUUCUAACUGCAAUCUCGCCUUUCUCCAAGACAAAAAAAAUGAAAAGAAACCUUUUAUUAAGUGUUGUGCAAAAUUGGAAAGCAAAUUUUAAUGAAAAAAAAUUAAGAUCUUGUAAAAGUCAAGUUAGUUGAUGAAAUUGAUGAUUCUCUAUGUGUAAUACUCGUUAGAUUAACAAGAAGCUGUUCAUUGAAAGGGUUGAGAAGUGAGGAAACAGAAGGUGUUGAAGAAGAUUUAGGAAGAAAAAUCCAUAAUUGUAUUUAUCUGUGAAGUUGUAGAAGUUUGAAAUGGAGAAAUAUGAAAAAUUGCUCUCUAAAUGUUGUUAGUUGUUAGGAUGAGAGAUUUUGGCGGGGUGGAAAUAAUUAUUUUAAAGAAAUUACUGUAUUGAUGUGUGCGUGUGUAAAACAUCCACUCGUUGAGAUCAACAAAAAAACACUGUGAGAUAGAAAAAGGAAAGAAAGAUAUUUUGGGAAGUUUGUCUCUUACAAAAGGUGAAUUUUAGAAAUGGUGAUUAGAAUGGUUAUGCAGGAAAAAAUGGAAUUUCAAUGUGUACUAAUUGUAAAUUUUGUUAUGAGCAACAGAGAUGAUAUAUUUGUAAAUGUUACGUUCAAUAAAUGUAUAAAAUUUAUAA